AUGGCAACAUCCGACUCCAGUAUGCCCAACGACACCAGCGAUCGAACCAAUACUGUGGAAAAGCUUACGUCUCUGAAAGAAGCUCUGUCAGAUCUAAUCACCACAUUGAGAGAGCCAGCGACACAGGUAGAGCUCAAUGCCACACUCCACGAUCCGGAGGCUCUGCCGCAUAGGGAGGUUGGAUCGAUAGCGGCACAAGUGGUAGAUAUCCUAGAUGACGCCAAACAGAUGCUGCAACCAUCGCAACUGGUUCUUGCAGAUCACUUCAUGGGUUUGUUCCUAUCUUUGUCAUUUACAACGUCGUUGCUGAUCAGUCUUGGUUCAGGUUAUUACCUGAGUAGUAAAUCCCUCGUCGCUGCAGUCUCAUUCAAGAUUCCAGACAUUCUUGGCCAGCGCCCCGGUUUGACAAUUUCUCAGCUAGCGGAGAGCGCUGGGGCUCGUGAGGACCGGUUGCGACCUGUGAUGAGAUUGCUUUACAACAACGGUCUGUUCGUCUACGAUGCCGCAAGUGACACUUAUACCAACAAUUCGCGGUCCAAUCUCCUGAAAUCCGAUCAUUGGACUCAGUGGCAUACCUGGGUUGAGUUGUACGCUACUGAAUUCUAUGACAUGGCACGCGGCAUUCCAGACUCACUACGCACUGAUUCCACCCGUACCGCAGCUCAAAUCAACUACGACACUGAUGACGAUAUCUUCACCUAUUUUCAAAAGCGUGGUUGGUUACCGCGGGUGCACCGAGCCUUCAACGCAAGUCAAAUUGCACAGGCAGCUGGGAUUCUCGCCGACUACCCCUGGCAUGACGUGGCCGACUGUGUGAUACUGGACAUCGGCGGCGGCGGUGGCGCACUUCUUGCUUCUUUACUACGAGAAUAUCCGACUAUGAGAGGCGGAAUCUUGGACCUACCUGCGGUCAUAGAUCACACUCGACCAUUUUUCCACUCUGAUGAUGGCCAAUUCUCCGAUGUCGGCGAUCGUGUAUUAGCAGAAGAUCUUGUUGCAGGAGACUUUCUCGCCGGUCCGAUUCCCCGCUAUGAGGUUUACGUCAUGAAGUGGUGUCUACAUAACUGGCUCGAUCCAGACGUCAAGAUAAUUCUCCAAAACAUACGGGAUGCCAUAGUAGUUCAGGAAAAGUCUAGAUUAGUGGUGCUAGAUGCGGUGUUGCAAGAUGGGGCAAUGGGGAGGUUGGCGCAGUAUGGGGACGUACAAAUGCUGAUGACUGCUAAAGGACGUGAGCGGACUGAGAAAGAAUGGAGGCAACUGGCUGAAACGUCUGGUUGGAAGGUGCAGAGCAUAUACACCCUGAGAAACGCCUGGCUCCAGGAGGUGUUCAAAGAUUCGGAUAAGCACUCGAAGGCGCCGGCAAACAACUCUGGUUUCUACAUGAACCAACUUUUAGGUCAGUGUCUUGGACUGAUCAGCGGACCAGACUGGCGAGCCGUGCGCGGCGCAAUGGAAGCUCCUUUCCAGCGCAACCAUGUGGCCUCGCAAGUUGAAAACUUCCAGCGCCUUGUGCAGCAGCACUUUGCAGACUUACAUGCUCAAGGCGAGAGCAAUUUGGCGAAUGGAUUAUUGCACCCUGUCAACGAUCUGGCGAUGCUGCCUUUCCGGAUCAUUGCUGAAAUGUUUUAUGGUCGGCUCCCGCCUGAAGUUGUUAAGUUGCUGGAAGACCUGGUGCCCCUUCGCACUCACAUAUUCAACGAUCACGUCAUACGAGGAGGCUUGUACAGAUUCUCUUGGGCUCGCUUCUUUCCUACUGCUGCGAAUGCCGACCUCGCGAGGUUCAAGUCGUCGUGGAAAAAGUUCAACCAGAUGGCUUUGGCAUAUGCGCUUCAGGAAAGGGGUCCGCCACCGCCGAUUGUCGCCAUGUACGAUGCUGUAGCCAUGGGCAAUAUGAAUGAGGACCAACUACUGCAGACAUUGGACGAGUCCCUUUUCGCCAACUUGGACGUAACCAUCGGUGGAUUAUCGUGGGUGCCCGUCUUCUUGGCGGCCCAUCAACAUGACCAGGAGCGCUUGAGGACCGAAAUCGACGCAGCGUGCAGCCAUGAGAAGGAUGCUAGAGCAUUCGCCCGCUACCUCAGCGAGGGGCGUUCUACGUUUCUAGCCUGCUGCACCCUCGAGUCAAGUCGCCUGCGACCUUUAGCUGCAUUCACCGUUCCGCAAGCAGCACCAACUUCGCGUCGAAUUGACAUUGCGCCCGGGAAAGCAUACGUGAUACCUGCUGGCACCAGCUUUAUUGUGGAUACGUACGCCCUCAACGUGCGCAACGAGGCGUGGGCACCUGACAAUGAGCACUUUCGCCCGGAUCGGUUUUUGAACAACACAUACAAGGACACUCGGGCAAGACGAUACUUGUUCUGGAGGUUCGGCUUUGGCCCGAGGCAGUGUUUGGGACGGUACGCCGCUGACUUGAUGAUCAGAAUGAUUGUGGCGCACCUCGCACGCAACUACCAUCUAGACCUCUUGCCUUCCGAAAAAGGCGCUGACAAUAACAAUUGGUCGAGAAGUCAAGAGUCAUGGAUCACCCACCCUGAUUUAACAUUGCGUUGCGUACAAAGAACUCGGAUUCACAAUCUCUGA